CCUUCACGAACUUUCGCCUCUCUCUCUCUCUCUCUCUCUCUCCCAUCUUCUAAUAAUCCUCCUCCCACCGCAGGCACAAACCAACAUCCCCCUCCCUCUCUCUCUACUCUCUCUCUACUCUCUCCCUCUCCUCUCUCUUCUUCUCUCUCUCUCUCUUUCUGUGCUCACGAACCGGCUGGUGGGCGACUGCAACGCCAUGGGCGACGACUACGUUGGCGGCGAUCCCAACACCGAAUUCCGCGGCAACGGGCCGCCCAACACCUACGCCCUCAACGGCAGGAUCAUGCUCGCCGCCAUCAUCGUCCUCUUCUUCGUCGUCAUCAUCAUGAUCUCCCUCCACCUCUACGCCCGCUGGUUCCUCCUCCGCCGCCAGCAGCGCCGCCGCUUCCUCCGCCGCAACCGCCUCAACCGCCGCACCCAGAUCGUCUUCUACGCCGUUCCCCGCCCCCAGGCCUCCCGCGGCCUCGACUCCUCCGUCCUCAAGUCCCUCCCCGUCUUCACCUUCUCCUCCUCCGCCGCCGCCGCCGCCGCCCCCGCCCCCGCCGCCCCCGGGAUCGGCGGAGGCGAGGGCGCGGCCGGAGUGCGCCGUGUGCCUGUCGGAGUUCGAGGACGGCGAGGAGGCGCGGUUGCUCCCAAGUGCAAGCACUCGUUCCACGUCGACUGCAUCGACAUGUGGUUCCACUCCCCUCCACCUGCCCCCUCUGCCGCUCUCCGGUCGAGCCGGUCGGCGAAGAAUUCGUCGCCAUCGCGAUCCCUGGGUUUGACCGGGCCGAGGCCGGGACGAGCUCGGGCCUCUGCUCGUCCUGCCAUCACGAGGAGGCGCCGGGGAUGGCGGCGGCUUCUUCCUCGUCGGCGGAGGCCCCGCCGCUCUCCGGGCGGAGGAAGCCGCCGGAGCUGGCCGGAUUCUCCAUCGAGGUGCCGCGGUGGGCCGAGCCGGAGGACGAGCCGAGGUGCGACACGCCGGCGAGCCGGCUCAGGUCGCCGGUGAGCCGGAUGCUGUCGUUCAGAGGAUCCUGACCAGGAAAGGUGGGGGCAGCCCCUCACCGUCGGCGGCGGCGGCGACGAGCCCGGCGAGUCGUGGGCCUCCGGCGACCGAGGUGGACCUGGAGCGAGGAUUGUCGCCGGUCGGGAGAGGCGAGACUCAGUAAAACUCGGUGGGCGUCGCCGAAGCCGCGGAGGUGCUGACGUGGCGAUCAUUUUGCCUUAUGGGAAAUGGGGAAAAAAGACAUUCGGCGUUUAGCGUGUCAGUCAGAGUCAAAAAAAGCUCGAAAGUCUAGGUGGACUCCCGGUCGGAGCAAGUUGCGGACACGUGGCGGUCUUCCAGGGCAAUCGGGUUGCUUGCGUCGCAGCCCUUGUUUGACCCCUCAGAACGAGUUUGACUUGUGCAUAGAGAAUCGGAUUACUGAGGAAGUUUAUUUCGUUCGUUAAAUCUUCGUUUUUUUUUUCCUUUUAGGGCUUCGGAAUUAGUUUAUUUCAUUCGAGGGGUGUGAUUUAUUUUGUAAAGGCAUAUGGUUGUAUCCUCCGAAAUGGCAAGUUAUAAAAGAAAUAUACUUAUAUAUUUAUCAAUCUCA